UGCUCCCUUCACACGUUAAAGCACCCCAACGGAAGAUGCCGAAGAUCAGCUGAAAUUAAUAAUUCAUUCGUAGAAAAAGAAUAGGCAUCGACAAAAAGUAUUCUUAUUUGCGGCUUUAUAACAAUAAAAAAAACAGAAAAGUUCAUUGACAAAAACAAGAUUAGUAUUUCAUUGAAAUAUAGGAUCGUUAAGUUCAUCACAACAGUUUAUUAUCAUUUUUAACAACUGCACAGCAGUUUUAAAAGUACUUUUAACUUUUAGAGAUGUUCAGGAAAGAUCCAGAAAAAUCUCACUUGGUUUCCGAGAAAGAAGCUAAUAUGUACACCAUCUCUAUGGGAAGUGUGCCAAAUGAGGAGACACGGCAGAAGGACAGUACCAUCAACCACUGCCAUGACAACAGCCGUGCACUCGAGGACAGAGAACGAGAGAAGCGGCAGGCUAGAAGGAGGCUGUACCUGGUAUCCAUCAUCUGCCUGCUCUUCAUGGUCGGCGAAAUCCUGGGUGGCUACUUCGCUGGUAGUCUGGCAGUGAUGACAGACGCGGCCCACUUGAUGGUGGACUUCACAAGCUUCCUCAUCAGCCUGUGUUCCCUGUGGCUCUCCUCCAGACCCCCCACCCGGGCGUUAAGCUUUGGCUGGCACCGAGCAGAAAUCCUCGGCGCUCUGCUGUCAGUGUUCACUAUUUGGCUGGUGACGGGGGUACUGGUGUAUCUGGCGGUCCGGCGGCUCAUCGACGACGACUACACGAUCGAGGGCACCGUCAUGCUGAUCACUUCCAGCUGUGCUGUCAUCGCUAACAUCAUAAUGGCCUUCACCCUGCACCAGUCUGGACACGGGCACAGUCACGGAGGCGGCGGCUCCCACGGGCAUGCACACGGAAAAUCUGGCACGGGGGGGCAGCCACAGGCAAACGCCAGCGUGCGGGCGGCCUUCGUGCACGUGGUGGGGGACCUGCUACAGAGCAUCAGCGUACUGAUCAGCGCCAUCAUCAUCUUCUUCAAGCCGGAGUACAAGAUGGCCGACCCCAUCUGCACAUUCCUCUUCUCCAUUUUCGUCCUGGGCACCACCAUCACCAUUAUGAGAGACAUCCUGGUGGUUCUCAUGGAAGGUGCUCCAGGUGGAGUGAAGUACAGUGAGAUCCGGGACAAGAUCCUGUCUGUGAAGGGAGUGGCAGCGCUGCACGACCUGCACCUCUGGGGCCUCACCAUGAACCAAGCUGUCCUGUCCGCUCAUGUGGCUUUAGAGGACAUGGUGGAGCCACAGCCGGUGCUCAAGGAGAUCAAUCAGGUUUGCUUCACUACCUACAGCUUCCACUCAGUCACCAUUCAGCUGGAGAAACAGUCUGACCAGAGGCAGGGGUGUGGCCUGUGUCUGGACCCCAAGCAGUAGCCCCGCCCUAACGGAGGGACGCUCCCGCUGACCCUGGCAGCAAGGCGGAGCUGGCGGGCAGAGGAACUGCCAAUCACUACUGGGGCAUCCUGGGAUUCUAUAGGAUUCCCCUCAAUAAACAGCUGUACGUAGUUUGUUGCCUGGGGGCCGGAUUUAGCAUAGAGAGUCAGCUCCUCAUAUCCCUUUGCACAGUACCCCCCAGCUCUGAAAGCAACAUACAGACAAACUCAAGCCGUACUAUUAUGACUGGAGUUUAUCUUUAUGUAGGUAACACUUUACUUGAGGAAACACAAAUACUUAGUAGUAACUCAGUUAACUCAGUACAAAGCAUGAACAAAUCAUGAACAAACAUAGUUGCUACUUAAGAUGAAAGAUGUGUUAUGAUUCAUUAAUGAUUAACAAACAUGAGAUCAGUAUUUCACUUGUGUCAUUCAUUACUUGUUUCUUCAGUAGUUCCUUAAGUAGAUUUACAUAAUAAACAGAUAUAGUAACAAAUAUAGUACUUGACAUAAAAGAUGUGUCAUGAUUCAUUAAUGAUGAACAAAUAUGAGCUCAGUUUGUAACACUUAAUUUGUGGUUAAUUAUUACAUAGAUAGUAGCGUAAUACUACAUUGUUUUGUGUCCCCUCAAGUAAAGUGUAACUUUAAUGUAUUAUAUUAUUUUUUCUCACAGCAUUUUAAUGAGAAAACGGGCCAGAUAUUUUUCAAAAGAAAUCGAUUUAGUUUGUAUUUAGUUUGCUGCUGGAACAGACAAUGACACAGACACUAGCUGCCUCACGCCUCCAGGGCUCCCACAUACGCUGUGUUUGUAUGAAGGUUGCUAAUUUUGUCACACAGGUUCCCUCAUGCAGUCCAAAGACAUGUGGUUAGGCUAACUAGCAUCUGUGUGAUUAUGCGUGUGUGUGUCUGUGCAUGUAUGUGCCAUGAAACGGGCUGGCAUCCCAUCCAGAGCUCACCCCAGCCUUGCGCCCUAUAUAAACAAACAACUGUCAUUCUCCAAAGCAGUUAUUUGUGCAAUGUUUUAAUGAGGAAAACAGUGCAAUUGGCCACUGUUAAACCAUUAAGUCACAAAGUGGCUGUACUGUUUUUUUAACUGUACUUCAUGUUUGUAAUAUUUCUUAGCGGGGUAAAUAAAAUGGCGUGGUUUUUUUUGCUA